CAGAAAGUUUAUUACGUUUCACUGCAUACCUCAACUAGAUUUUUAAAAUUUAUAGUGAUUAGGUUACUGUGAAUGAACAUUUUAAAAUGGCAUCCGCAUUCAGUCCAGGAAUUCAAAAGCAAUCGUUGAAGUAUAUUGAAGUACCCCUAAGUAAAUUUACUGAUGAAGUGAUUCCUCAUCAUCAAAAAGUUUAUGAACAGUACAAAACUACUAUACAAAAGUUGGUUUUGGUCAACAAUGCAGAACAGCUUAAACGUGAAAUCAAGGAUAAGAAACGUACUGUAAAACAGUUAAGAGAUUUAAUGUACGAGCUUGAUACGUUACGGGCUCAAGUUGAAGAUGAAGAUCUAGAUAAAUUUGAUAUUAAAACACUAUCCUUAAGAAAAAUUAUUCUUAAUUUAGUUAAUGGAUAUACAGAAUUAGAGAAGACUGUCGAUCGAGUAACUUCAACCAUAAAUGAAAAUGAGGAAGUCGGUAAAGAAAACCGUAAUCCUUUCGAGGGAGCUUCUCAAAUACAGAUUCAAGGGAACAUUGCAGAUUUAAAACUUAAACAGCAUAAAGAUCAAUUAUGUAAGGUAGAAAAUAUAAACAAUGAUGUAAAAGAAUUACAUGAAAUGUACAAGGACUUGAAUGAGAUGGUUGUGGGUCAAGGGGAACAUGUCGAUAAUGUAGAACAGUCAGUUGAAAAUACGCAGGAAAAUGUCGAAAGUGGUGUGAGGGAUAUCAUAAAAGCUCACAAAUUAAAGGCAGUUGCAUAUCCAGUUACAGGAGCCUUCCUAGGUGGAAUAAUUGGUGGUCCUAUUGGCCUGGUCGCAGGAUUAAAAGUAGGGGGAAUAGCGGCUCUAGGGUGCGCAAUAGCUGGCUACACUGGUGGUAAAUAUUUUAAGAAGUUCCAUGACCCCGACGAUAUCGUCCGAGAAGAUGUGGGAACAGCUGCCGAACAAGACACGUCAGACACAUUCCAGAAGAAGGACAUAUGACAUAGGUGUUAUUUAUGUUAGUUUUUUUAUUUAUUUCACUUUAGCAUUAUAUAUUUUUUAAUUUAA